AGCGAGGAUCGGGCCAUGGAGGCGGCGGGGGCGCUGGGGGCGGCGGCGGCGGCGCUGCUGCUGGGUCUCUACGCGCUGCUUUACUACAAGUUCGGGACGGCCACCUGGUGUCGGAACGCGGUCAGCCUGCGGGGCAAAACGGUGCUCAUCACAGGGGGAAAUACAGGGAUUGGGAAGGUCACAGCGGUGGAUCUGGCCCGGAGAGGCGCCCGUGUCAUUCUGGCCUGCCGCGACAAAGCGAGAGGAGAAUCGGCUGUGUAUGACAUCCGACGGGAAAGUGGGAACUCGGAGGUGAUCCUGAUGAUCCUGGAUCUGGGCAGCCUGGACUCCGUGCGAGCUUUUGCGCAGACCUUCUUAGAAUCGGAGCCCCGUCUGGACAUCCUCAUCAACAACGCAGGAAUCCUUAAGGAUGGUCAAACGGCUGAUGGCUUUGACCAGGCCUUCCAGGUCAACCACUUGGCCCACUUCCUGCUGACCCACCUGCUCCUGGACCGGCUGAAGUGCUGCGCCCCGAGCAGGAUCGUAAUUCUGACCUCAAAUGCCCACAGCUUUGGGGAGAUCGAUUUUCGGACCAUCCACAAGCCGGUGGAGGGAAUACUGAAGGCCAUAUAUUCAUAUGCCAACAGCAAACUAGCCAACAUUCUCCAUGCAAGAGAGUUGGCCAACCGGCUAGAAGGAACCAACGUCACCUGCUAUGCGGUUCAUCCAGGUGAGUAAGAGUCUGGCUCCAAG